UGGCAAAUGUCUCUGCUACUGUAGCAUUGCUUCCUGGUCCGCAGCAGCAGAAGCAGCAGCAGCAGCAGCAGGAUCUGCUCGCACAACAUGGCCCUCUCUUCGUUGCCUUCGACGCCGGUGCUGGCAUUGCUCGUGUUCGUUGGCUACCUUGCCUCACUCGCCAUCUAUCGUCUCUACCUGAGUCCACUUGCGAAAUUCCCUGGUCCCAAGCUCGCCGCUCUGACCAAGUGGUAUGAAGCUUACUAUGAGAUUGUCCUGAAUGGCCAGUUCUCCUUCCACAUUGAAGACUUGCAUAGGCAAUAUGGCCCGAUUGUGCGAAUCACACCCGAAGAGGUGCAUAUUCAAGAUCCGCCAUUCUGGGAAACACUCUAUGUUAAGCACAACAGGACGGCGAAGUACGAAUGGACUUCUGGCCGCUUCGGCAACAGCAGCUCUGUCUUCACGACAUCUGACCCUACCUUGCACAAGGUCCGAAGAGCUCCGCUAAACUACAUGUUCUCGCGCAAAGCCAUCAUCAAUUUCGAGCCAGUCGUGCGAAAGAAGCUAGACAUUUUCUGUCGAGGAUUGGAAAAGUUCCGCGAGACUGGCAGUGUCUGUAAUAUGACAGAAGCCUUCUCUGCUUAUGCUGGUGAUGUCGUGACGAAUUACUGCUUUGGCUACGAUUAUGAUCACUUGUCCCUGGAUGGAUUUACUGAUUCUUUCCACGAUGCCUUCAUGGCUGUUUCCGCUUUUGGCCAUGUGGCACUUCAGUUUCCGUGGAUGCAUUCUCUUCUCAAUAGAUUACCAGACAGCUGGAACGCUGCUAUGAACCCGCCAUUGGCGAAGCUACUCGUCCUUCAAAAGGACCUCCAAGCCAAAAUCGCCUCCGAGCGAACCAAAGUAGAAAAAGGCGAAAAAGAGCAAGAAUACCCAACAAUCUUCCACACACUCUUCGUCGACAAAAACCUCCCCGAAUCCGAGAAAACCAACCUCCGCUUCGCCGAAGAAGCACAGCUCUUCCUCGGAGCAGGCAUUGAAACCACCUCCUGGUCCCUCUCCCAAACCUUCUACUACGUCCUUUCCAACCCCGAAAUCUACGCGAAACUGAAAGCUGAACUCCGCGAAGCCAUUCCAGAUGUCACAGCUCCAGACGCGUUCAGCUAUGCUCGACUUGAGACUCUGCCUUACCUUCGUGGAUGUCUGAAAGAGGGUGUUCGCCUUUCAUUGUCGGUUUCUGCUCGCAAUCCUCGGGUUUUGUCGCAGCCUUUGCCAUGGAAGGAUUGGGUGAUACCAGCUGGGACGCCCAUUUCGAUGACGAUUGCGGAUGUUCAGUUGAAUGAUGACUACUUUGUCGAAGCUGCGGAAUUCAAGCCAGAGCGCUGGCUUGGCGAGUCUCCGAAAGCGCCAGAUGGAAGUCCGUUGGAGAGGUAUUUUGUUGCUUUUGGAAAGGGUCCAAGGAGUUGUUUGGGGAUUAAUCUCGCAUGGAUGGAACUCUUCCUCGCCGCUGGCACGAUUCUUCGAAAGUUCGAUUUGGAGCUUUAUGAGACGAAUAUCUCGGACGUUCUUCUUGCUCAUGACUUUUUCUUGCCGAGUCCGAAGUUGGAUUCGAAGGGUAUCAGGAUUAAGGUUGUGGGAUUGGAUUCUUGAUGACUGCGAGAAGAGUGAAGAGGUGGAGUAGAUAUUUGAUUCGAAGAAAAGCAUGUAGAUACGAGAUGAAUGACGGCCAUGACUUCAACAACCCC